AUGCGUGUGGCGAUUUUUAGAUGCGCCAUUCUUUCGUCUUUGGUCUCCUUGGUGGUCGCCUUCAAUCCUUUCUCGCCGCGCGAUAUCGACAACGACGUGUGCGGCGAGAUAAACGAGGUUCUCUACGUCCCAAGCUAUGGGAAAAGUGUUGCCAGUGGAACUAUUAAUGCUUGCAUCUGCCUCUCUACGAUUCCUACGUUUAUUGCGACCAACUCGGCGGCUAUCUCGGGAACUGCAUUGGCAGGAAAAGAUUACGUGACUGCUGAGAUCACAGCCAUGCUCUACCGUUGUGGAAACAUCAAGCAAUGUACCUAUCCCCCUCGCUCCGUUCCCCAGUGUCAAUCCAAAAAUCCCUGCGGCUUCACAUGCAAAGAUGGCUACACCCCGUCCCCAAGCAAUUAUCCUACGCAAUGCGUCUGUAAAUCCCCUCACAAAGUUUGCAAUGGGAUCUGUGGCAACUAUAGUGCUUGCCCUACUGGGUCCUAUAGCAAGCGUAAUGUUCCCAAUGCGAAGCGUCGGUCAUGCCCAACAGGACUCAAAGCAUGCGGCAUUCUAGGAAGAAGCGCCAAGUCUUGGGAGUGCAUUGACACGCAGAGUGAUCUAGAGAGCUGCGGAGGUUGUGCUGUUCCUCUGCUCCACGGCCUCUCUACUCCUGAUGGCGAGGACUGCGCCGCCAUCGCUGGCGUCUCCGACGUCUCUUGUGUCAAUGGCCAGUGCAGCAUACACCGUUGUAUGCCAGGUUAUAAACUUGACGCCUUGAGCAAAUCUUGCGUCUACUCGGAAGACGAAGAUCCCGCCCUCCUUGCGGCUCAAUAUGGACUUGACUAUGUUUCCUUGUGA